AUGAGCUGUUACUACGGCAACUACUAUGGUCUGGGCUAUGGCCUUGGCGGCUUGGGCUGCGGCUACGGCUAUGGCUGUGGCUAUGGCUGUGGCUAUGGUGCUGGCUACGGCGGCUAUGGAUACAGCUGCUACCGCCCACGUUGCUAUGGAAGAUAUUGGUCCUCUGGCUGCUACUGA